AUGGAGGAGGAGGCUGCGAGGAAGAGGAAGAUGCCUUGGGCCCCCCAGGCAGGCCCCGAGCUGAGGACGGAGAGCCCGGAGGACAAAUCCCCCCGUGAGACCCUGGUGGGAGAGGCCGUUUUGAAGGGCUCCACGGCGCAGGAAGGCAGCGGGCAGGAAAAGGGCCGGAGAUCCCCCCGCAGGAGGGGCUCCAAAGCCAGCCCAGGGUGCUCUGAGGAGGAAAGACCCAGCCUGGGCCGGGAAGGCGGCCGGAGCUUGAGGCAGAGCUCUGAGCUGGUGGAGCCUGAGCAGCCUCCCAGCAGGGAGAAGCCCUUCAGGUGCUUGGAAUGUGGGAAGAGCUUCAGCUGGAGCUCCCGUCUGAUCCAACACCAGCGCAUCCACACUGGGGAACGUCCCUACACAUGUUGGGAAUGUGGGAAGAGCUUUGGGAACAGCUCCUACCUGAUCCGACACCAGCGCACUCACACUGGGGAACGGCCCUACACGUGUAGGGUGUGUGGGAGGAGCUUCUGUGACAGCUCCACCCUUCGCACCCACCAGCACAUCCACACUGGGGCACGACCCUUCACAUGUGGGGAAUGUGGGAAGAGCUUCAGUGAAAGCUCUACCCUCCGUAUCCACCAGCGCAUCCACACUGGGGAACGGCCCUACACGUGUGGGGAAUGUGGGAAGAGCUUCAGCCAGAGCUGCAGCCUUCGCACCCACCAGCGCAUCCACACCAAGGAAUGGCCCUACAAGUGUUUGGAAUGUGGGAAGAGGUUUAGGACCAGCUCGGUUCUCCUCAGGCAUGAGCAGACACAGACGGUGGAGAGGCCUUUCUGCUGCACCGACUGUGGAAAGAGCUUCAAUAAGAACUCCAACCUCGUCACCCACCAGCGCAUCCACACUGGGGCACGACCCUACAAGUGUGGAGAAUGUGGGAAGAGUUUCAGGUACAGCUCCACCCUUCGCACCCACCAGCGCAUCCACGCUGGGGAACUGCCCUACACGUGUGGGGAAUGUGGGAAGAGCUUCAGGCGGAGCUCCCAGCUGAGCCAACACCAGAUGAUCCACACUGGGGAACGGCCCUGCAAGUGCUUGGAAUGUGGGAAGAGGUUUCAGACCAGCUCCAGUCUCCUCAGGCACCAGCGGAUUCACACGGAUGAGAGGCCCUUCCGCUGCACCGACUGCGGGAAGGGCUUCAACCAGAACUUCAACCUCAUCACCCACCGGCGCAUCCACACCGGGGAGAGGCCCUACAAGUGUGGGGAGUGUGGGAAGAGCUUCACCCAGAGCUGUAACUUGACCAAACACCAACGGACCCACCAGUAA